AUGGAGCCUCUGUCAUCAUGGGAACUAGACAAAGAGGACAUAUGUUUUGAACACAUGAUAGGCGAGGGGGAGUUCGGCCAUGUAGUACGGGGAAGACUGCGCGUGCCUGAAGGCUACCAAGUUUUGGUUGCCGCCAAAAGUAUCCGGCCUGACCGCAUGACGGCGUCUGCUGUCCGCGACUUUCGCCGCGAAAUGGACAUUCUCGCCAGGAUCCACGAAGACAAAGAGGGACACCCGAACGUGGUGAAGUUUUACGGAGUUCUGACUAAAUCAGAUCCACAGUACAUUGUUGUAGAGUACGCGGCUAAUGAGGAACUGCGCCGGUACCUGUGGG